AUGAAAACCCCGGCGGACUGCUCCGUUGUGCCCAUUGGGCGAAUACCAGUGGACAGUGCCUUCAAUGGCCAUCCCCGUCGGCGAGCUCACCACGGAGGAGCAAAGCUGAGUUCAAAAGGUGAAGAAAGGAAAAAGCCUUCCAUCAAAGACAUAUUUGGUCUCACACCGCUGGACAUUUUUGGAAAGCCUUCAACAGAUGACGCGCCCGGCCCGGUAAAGCUGCUUCAGAACCUAGUCGGCACAGCCACCAGCGCAAGUUCUCGCGAGCAGAGAGCUAAUCCUCCAGAAAUCCAAGAGUCUGAAGCUCAAAAUGCAGCUAACCAGCCCUAUGGGCCCCAAGGUAGCGGGCUAAUGCCACCAGAGGCGCACCCGAAGCCGCAAGUGCCGCAGAUAGACACGAGGACCAACCUUGAGAAGUAUCUCAGCAUGAAGAUGCAGGAGGCCAGAGGUCACAUGCCGAUGUACCCAAUGGUUGGUUCAGUUCCUCCUGUGUAUCAACAGAAUGCCUACUUCGGCCAGAUGCAGAUGCAGCCAAGUGCAGGGCCUCAAUUCGCCUAUCAGCCGCAGUUCGCAAGCCCAGCCCCCCCCGUAGGAGGCUUCCCCGAGAGCUGGGAAGGCCACGGAAUGGCCGCUGGCUGCGUUCCUCCGUGCCACUUUGAGAAUCCGGCGAGUUAUCCGGAACAAGUGGCCCCCGCGGCGUAUUCGCGGGCCCCCUCUCUCCCGCACAGCCGCAGCGCUUCUGAACAGAACUGCAUCCCAGAAGCUUUACAGUUUGACUCCCCUCCAGCGUGGUUUCAGCACAAGUCCUACAUGCCGCAGGUGCCGCAGUUCAGCCACAUGACGGCCCCCGUUCCCGGGGCCCCCUUCCACCCCGGCUUCAGCUACGCCACAGACUUCAAGUACUACUACAACUAUUACCCUGCAGAGGAAUACGCAGGCGAGAUCGACGGAGGCGACGCAGCGGCGCAGGAGGAGGCGGUGGCUCGCGAGCAGCAGCGCGCCGAGGAACUCGCGGGCCAGCAGGCUGACAAGCCGCAGGCCAUCAAGCCGAUCAUCACUUCCAAGCGGCGCCUGGAGUCCGGAAAAGCAGUUCCACUUUAA